AUGGCCGGUUCCCUUGUGUGGAACCACCUGGCAAAGCGAGAUGAGCUGGAGAAAGCAGAUCUGAUCAUGGGUUUUGGACAUUUCGACAUUCGUGUGCCACAGCAUUGCGCAGCUUUAUACAAGGAGGGCCGGGCUCCAAAGAUCGUAUUCACGGGUGGUGUUGGCAGCGGGUCUGCUGGCCUCAGCCAGCCUGAAGCAGAGUUCUUCAAGGAGGAGGCCUUGCGGCUCGGAGUUCCGCUUUGCGACAUCAUAGUCGAGGCUGCAUCAACGAAUACUCCAGACAACGUCAGAUGCAGCAUGGAGGUCCUCGUCAAUCUGGGAUAUGAUGAAGUCGAGGUCAGGAAAUCUCGCGUAAUUCUCGUGGCAACGCCGUAUCGACAACGCCGAGUGCAUCUCACUUGUCGGAAGCACUUGCCUGACGCAAGAUUGCAGAAUUCUCCUCCGAUUUCGGACUACACCACGGAUCAAGCCAUCUUCAGCACCAAAGGACAGCAUCUGGACUUGCUAUUGGCCGGUGAGGUGGAUCGCAUCUUGUUGUAUGGAGCAAAAGGAGAUAUUCAACACGAGCAUUUGCCUUCAGAGAUUCAAGAAGCUGCAGCUGUUGCGGCUGCUGCUGUGGCGGCCUUACCUCCAAGCACAACUGAGUGA